UAUUUUCGACUGUCAAUAUGAUCGAUGUAUUUGUUCCGGGAGGUUGGAGAGAGCUCCGGUAAAAAAAAAUAAGGGCAUAAUAGCGUAGUAAAAUAAUAUGUAAGCAGGGAGCUUUAACCUACUAAUUUCAUUGCAUCCUGUUUGCUGUGGUUUGAACAUCAAGUCAACUUUGAACUUUAAGCACACCGGAUUUCACCGGCAAGGGUAGUACUUCCAAACCACUUUGCUAGCUUCACAGCAGUAGAGCUUUGGCUACAUUAUCCGAACCUCUGACAACAAAAGAAGAGAAUACGAAAUUGAAGCCUUUGAUCCGACACCAUGUCAGAGUACCUGGGAGACAGGUCCUACUCGUACUACGGCGCCUCCAUGUUCAUUAUCCUGACACUUGGUCUUGUCGGGAACUUUUUGACCGUGGUUGUCCUUUUUCAUCCGCACCACCGCCACAAGAGCAUGACCUCGCUGACGAUCAACCUGUGCGUAGCAGAUCUUCUUGUGUGCCUUUUUGGUUACACCGUUGCCGUCAACUACAACACGGCAGACUUUGCCAACGCCGGUGAAGCUCCCGUUCUUUGCUUUUGGCUGGCUUUCAUCAACACAGUCACUGGACUUGCAUCCAUUGGGACUUUGACUGUCAUGGCUAUGAUCACACAUAUUGGGGUUUCGAGAAAUGAGAUUGCCCAGCGGAGCAGGAUGUCUCGCAAAACAGAGAUCUUUGUGCUUUCAGGAAUCUGGUUGUAUGCGAUUUUGUUGACGAUUCCUCCAGCGAUGGGUUGGAACAGAUACAUUCCCAUUCCCUCGAGAGUCAGCUGCCACCCCGACUGGUAUUCCCAGGAGCUUUCGGAUCAGUUUUACAUCAUAUACCUGGUGACCUUUGGGUUCUUCAUCCCUUUGUUUAUCAUUAUUCUGAGCUAUGCUGGAGUAUACAGGUAUAUACGAAAUACUUCAGUGCACCCAGCGGCAAACGACCCAGCUCAGGGGCAACGACUACGCUCCCGACAGAGGACCAUUCGAGUCGUGGUGUGCAUGACAUUGGCAUUCUUCAUCAGCUGGUCGCCAUAUGCCGCAGUGAGCCUUGCAGGCACAGUUCUCGGUCACGAAAGCGUCGCGCCAUCCUUUUCCCUGAUCCCCGAGUUACUAGCCAAGGCAUCGGUGGUUUAUAACCCGAUCCUGUACGUUCUGCUCAACUCAAAGUUCAGAGUCACCUUGCUGCAGGUGUUUAGCUGGAGCCGCGUCAAUGUCAACUCCAGUGACAACGCGGAUAUAGAGCAAGAUGCAACCACCUCGGGCACUGUCGAGAUACAGCCCCGAAACAGAUCCCAUCACCGAGACAUGUGAAAUGUUCAAGAUGCCAGAGUUGACUAUUAGUCAUUCACAGUCAUCACCGUUUUCCCCACGCAUUAAAGGAGCUAAGUCACGGUUUGUGCACCUUGAAAAGUUUAGCCUGAGUUUGUCGUUUGUAGUCCGUGUUAAUCUUCUCCAUCCUUAACCACCCUUGUUCCUUUAUGGUUUAUUAUUAUCUCGUUAGUGUUUUUCUAUACUAACAAGCUACUAUUUUCAGGUUUUCGUCAAUUUAAAUGUAAUUUUGUACGGGGCCAAAAUAACUCAAAAUACUGUGACCGAGCUCCUUUAAUUCAAAGAUUUCAGCUUUAAUUUAUCAACAUUCCUUUCAGUUAACCUUGAUAGUCGUUAUACCAGUCAAAGAUUUAAGUACCUCACCAGACUACAAAGCGAACGUAGUUUGGGAUCUCUAAGCUUCUAAAGACACAUUUAGGUCCAAAGCUUUCAAAAACACUACAAAUUAGCCAAAUGACACAAAAAUAGAUAUGACCCGGGCUAAAACGUCUAAUUUCUCUUUAAAGUCUUAUCUUUCUCCUUUGUGACAUAACGUAGGCGGGCUAAGGUCAAUACUGUCAAUACCGAUAUUUUGGGGUCGCUUCGUGUCAACAAAGGAGCUUGUCUGUGUUGUGUAUUCCCCGUGAGACGGUACCUGUAAGGAGAUGAGCAAGAUGAUAGACUCUUCCUUUCGUUUUGUGCAAGAGGUGUGAUAGUCUAGUCAUCAGCGCAUUUCACUCAUGCAAGGAUCACUGCCGGGGUUCUUGGGAAAGGCGCCUCUUCCCACCCGGGAAACUAAACAAAUACUUGGGAUUGAUGCUAAUGCUAAUGCUAAUCAAAUGCUAAAGGAUAAAUGCUAAUGCUAAUGGUCAAAUGCUAAUGGAUAACUAGCACUGAACUGGUUUGGUGGCACACCAUCCAGGGAUAGUAGCGACAGAAUAAGUUAGUAUUUGGUAAAAACAGAAAAUGAAACGGAGCUUUUACCCGAACAAGUCUAACUUGCGAUGCAGGUCUGUUGCGUGAGGUGCAGGGGAUUUGAGAAAUGUUUUUUUAAGACGUCUACUAAGAAUAGUCUCACGUUGGUCAAUUUGUUAGUUUAGAGCCAAAUAGUACUGUAAAAUGUUUAGCUUCUACUGUUUGAAACUGGCGCUUACUUUAUAAGGAAAAGAAAAAAAAAAUCCCUUUCAAUUUGGUAAUUUUCCGCUAAUAUUCAAUUUAAUACUGAGUUGUAAGUUUAAGGCUUCCGGUCGAAUUUAACAGCACAGGCUGCCAGUGUGUUGCCUUAGAGUUGACAAUGGGACCCGCGUUUUGUUAGGGAGAUUAAUUUGUGAGUUGGUACUGUGAAAUAUAUAGAGGAAUCUUUGUUUACAAUGUCUGCCUUGUUACAGAAUGAUUAACUUUAAAUAUUGAAAGAGCAUGACACCCAUUGGCACGAUAACUGUCCCACGAGGUUUGGACCCAGUUUGUUAAUACCUCUUUGUCUGACUCCGGUUUAAAACCUCAAAAUUUUACAGGGAAUAUAAAGCUCAUUUAAUCACCCAGGAAUUGUGCCGUUUUUGAAAGGCAAUAUCGAAACAUUUCACCAAACUCCGAUAACGUGUGGACGGUGAAUCUGGAUUUUUUUAAUCCAAUAACGUAGCAAAAUCGU